GCGCAGAACCGAUACUGGAACCCGACGAAAGCCAGCGUCUACCGCCAUGAGCGACCAACAAACCAUGUUCCCAGCUUCAAAGCUCGGCGAGUACACCGUCAUACAGGACAUCGCAGAGGGCACAUUUGGAAAAGUCAAAAUGGCCUUGCACACCAUCACAGGCCAAAAGGUCGCAAUGAAGUAUAUAUCAAAGGCCGUAAUCCAUAUGACAAGAACAAAAACACGGGUUCAGCGUGAGGUCGAGUAUAUGCGCACCCUCAGACAUCCUCACAUAAUCAAACUCUACGAAGUCAUCUCUACCCCGACAGAUAUCAUCAUCGUCUUGGAGUUCGCUGGUGGGGAAUUAUUCAAUUAUAUAGUCGCAAAUGGCCGCAUGCCCGAGCAUCGUGCUCGGCGCUUCUUCCAGCAGCUGAUUUCUGGUAUCGAAUAUAGUCACAAACUCAAGAUCGUUCAUCGAGACCUCAAACCCGAGAACGUCUUGUUAGACGACGAUCUCAAUGUCAAAAUUGCCGACUUUGGUCUAUCAAACGAGAUAAAAGAUGGCGAUUUCCUAAAGACCAGCUGCGGUAGCCCGAAUUAUGCCGCUCCCGAAGUCAUCCGAGGUGGUCUAUACACUGGUCCAGAGAUAGACGUCUGGAGCUGCGGUGUCAUCCUAUAUGUUAUGCUAUGUGGACGCCUUCCCUUCGAAGAUGACGAUGUCCAGACACUAUUCACCAAAAUUAGCCAGGGAAGCUAUCAUAUGCCUUCUUAUUUGGGUGCGGAUGCCCGAGGGCUGAUUGUCUCCAUGCUGGCCGUCGAUCCGGUCAAGCGGAUAACCGUUCCAGAGAUAACACAGCACCCAUUUUUCAAAACCGAUCUACCGCGCUACCUCACUCCGCUUCCUCCCCCUCCAGGCCCUGUUCUGGGCACACUUUCAUCUCUUGUCACCCCACCGAAGGUUCUCGACUUUGAGAUAAUCGAUGGCCUCGGACGCAUCGAAGAAGAUGUUGUCGAUGAACUGUCAAAGCGUAUGGAAGGAGUAGACAGGGAUGAUAUAUGGGAGUGUUUGCGUCGAGACGAUGGUGUACAAGGCAACGCUGUGAAGGUUGCAUACAUGCUACUGCGUGACAAACGCAGACUGGGACGAGAUUUGGCAGAAUUUGAAGAACAGGAACGGGAUGCUCAACUUGCCGCUAUGGAUCCUCGAAAUACACUAUCGCCUAGCGUUCUGUCACCCGGUGGUGAUAUGGAGGAGAACCCUUUCGAAGCCGAAUUCAACGGAGAAUAUGACGAUGACGAAAUUGACGAUGGCCUCGACUUCUCGACACCUCCCAUAGACACCGAAAUCAAUAAUUUCGCAGUAUUAAAUUCAUCUCUCCCCGAACAACUUCCAGAACAACACCAUCUCGCUUCUUAUGCUAACGCCAAACGGUCGUUCCCUGUGAAGGAGAAGAAGCAGCAUCGAACGAAAUGGCAUUUCGGCAUUCGAAGUCGGUCACCUCCUAUGGAAGUCAUGUUAGAGAUCUAUAGAACAUUGAAGGCCCUAGGCAUGGAAUGGAAGGAAAAGAGAAACCUUGGCGGGUUGGGAGGUAUAAGACACCACCGCCACGACGGAGCUAGGAUAGAGAGGGCAAGAGAGCUCGACGGGAAUUACGUUGACCUCAAAGCCGCUGCCAGUGUUUAUUUUGUAGAGACUAGAGCGCGAGUGCAAGAUGUUGUGAUAUUGAUGAACCUACAACUCUACAUGGUUGACUCCAUAAACUAUCUCGUGGACUUCCACCACAAAAAAACUUAUAAAGCUUCGACCGAGCCUGGUGCUGGCAAGUUUGACAUGGCAAACCCAGAUGUCUUCAUGCCCGAGACGAGCUCAGAGUCUGGCCGCUCGCUGAAAGAUAAGGACACCGUCAAAGAAGACGAGGUCGUGUCGCCUUUUGUAUUUAUGGACGUCGCAUGCCGACUAAUUCUCGAGCUCGCUGGCGGCGCCGAGUAGAAUUGCUGUUACCACUCACGGACCUGAUAGUUGCUAUCAUCUAGAUGUUUUCCUUGUCACAUGUAAUUGUAUUAUUUGUCUGUUCGGAUCGUAAAGUGUUCAUCUAUUCUAACUAGAGUGUUUUCUAUGUUGUACUUUUUUGCCUCCCCCUUUCCACGUAUGCAGCAUCUUUAUUCAAUACGGCAUUGAUUUAUUUAAGGAACUCUUUUCUCUUCCCCCUCCAAAAUAUACAUGAUACCAGUGUUUGCAAUUAC